UCUAGUGCGCGCGUAAACCGGCCAAGCGAGUGGGUGCAAUCGCCGUAAUAUACUUACUAUCGUACUGUACCUGACUGUACUACCCAUGCAGUGUUAGAAGGCCGCCGCGGCGGUAUAGCGGUGUUUUUAAGUUAAAUUGCACUCAAUAUAAUUGCACGCUAAAACAAAACUUCCCGGUAUAAAUAUAACCAGCACAAAAAAGAUAUCUUUAAUUUUUCAACUUUCCGUUUCGUCUAUUUUUUUGAUCCAAUGUUUUCUCUGUAAAUCAGUUGUGCCAGUUUGACAGUUCAAUAAAAAUAUUUACGUGACGUAUGGGACUGAACUUUUUCAAUGAAUGACGCUGAUUUUUGGUGGUUAAAUGUUACAAAAAGUAACAUUAAAUGUGGAUUAGCUAAAUUAUGUGAAAUACGUGGCAAAGGUUUCAUUGUAACCUUUAUAAUAAUAUAAAAUCAGAUAGACCUUUGCCGAACGUUGAGUAUGGAACACAGAAGUUGAUAUUCAAUGAAACAUUCUAAAUAUCAUGAUAUCUUGAUUAUGUGACUUUAGUUCUUUUUAUUUUCGUUUAAUAAAUAAUUUAACGUUUUAAUUUUUAGUCAAAAUGUGAGGGUAGAUUUAUAUUAAGAUAAAUAAGGCCAGUAUUAGAUAUAGUUUUUUUUUAUAAUUAGAUUUAAAUAUGAGUUUUACUUCUGCACUGCUCAAGAUUCAACAUACUUUUCACAUUUGCACACAAGCACAUGACUGUGGGGACCAGCAAAAAGGCGCUUAAUGGUUUACAUGGAUGAAAGAGAGGGCGCGGGGCGCCGCGAUGGCGUCAUGCUGCCCAAAACUAUGGAGGCAUGUGAACCGCCAGUCCAGUUGGAGCCGGUGGACUUAAGCCUCAAACGACCACACACGCCUCGACGCACGCCUCGCACCCUUGAAAGCAUCCGUCCUACUUCGUCAAAGACAAUGAUACAAAAUGAAUCAACGUCCACACAAUUGCCGUUUCCGACGAGUCAUCAAGUACCCAAAAUCAAAGUAGGACCAGACCUCAGAAGCGCUAGAAAGUAUAGACACCAUUUAAACAAAUUAAAACCUCCGAUUCCACAAUUGUCACCGCAACUUACCCCGCGAACGCAUUUACAAACGACACUCGAACUGUCAACGAACAAGCCGACUUUUUACCCGCCAAUGUUAACGUUCCCGAUGACGCGCGCGAAUCAACCUAAUAUAACGUCUGAUGUAGAAAUUAAGAAUUUUUUGCUCAACACAGCGCUGCAGAACGCAUUGACCGGUUCAUUGAACCAGCUAACGCAAAGGAAACCUUAUACGAAACCGAACGAUGUAGCAAAAAAACCCUGUAUCGAUAAUGAAUUUACUAAUAACAAUAACGAGGAAGGCCAUGGCAGGAAAAGACUUCACAAGUGCGAUGUAGCUGGAUGUCAUAAAGUUUACACGAAAAGUUCGCACUUAAAAGCGCAUAAAAGAACACAUACAGGUGAGAAACCGUACUCUUGUGGUUGGGCGGGCUGUGAGUGGCGUUUCGCACGCUCCGACGAGCUGACGCGGCACACGCGCAAGCACACCGGCCACCGGCCCUUCACCUGCCCGCUCUGCAGGCGCUCCUUCGCCAGGUCAGACCAUCUCGGAUUGCAUAUGAGACGACAUUGAUUAUGAUCCCGAAUAAACUCAAACACAGAUAUCAUAAACAAUAACUAUGUAAAAAAAUGUGUGUAAAAAAUUUUAAAAAUAUAAUCGUUGCAUAGGUUGUAUUUUUUGGAAAAAUUGGUGAAAAAGUCGGUCAAAACUACAUAUUAACACUAAAAAGGGACCAAUAUAGAAAGUAUUAUAUUAUACAAAAGACGAUAUUCGAUUUUUCUCAGAUUUAUUAUAAAAAAUUCGUACAAGUAUUAAAAAUCGAUAGUCAAAUAUAGUGACAAAAAACCCUUAUUACAUUUAGGGUAUAAUAGUACUAUAAAAAGGGACAAAGAUUUUAUUUGACUAAAGUCUUGACACACGAAAAAAAAAUAUGACGUUAUUUUAAUCUCAUGUCCAGUUUACAUUUUUCAAGUCCUGUGAGCUAAUGAAGCGCUGGAUUACAACGGGAAAAAAAAUAUAAUUCCGCUGUGGGCAUUUCAAGUUGUAAUCCAGCACUGGAUAAAUGUAAAUUAGGUAUAAAGAACGUAGGGAACGGAUCAAAUUUAUUCGAAUAUAUAAAAAAAGACGAAAAUACGAUUUAAAAACGAAAAUAUUUAAUUAGUAAUAAGUUUUUUUAUUUGACAUAAGUAAAUGUUGAUAUGGAUUAUCACAGCAGCAGUAAUUUUUAAUACUGUAUUGGUGUGAAUUAUUUCGUGGCAUUAUUGUAAACUUGGGCCAGUAAAGUUUAUACAUUUAUUAUUUUUAAUUUGAAGUAAAUACUUAGUGUGAUAUUUACGGAUACAUCUUUUGAUGUUAGUUUUAUAUUUCCUACAGUUU